UCUCCAGGAUAGAUUUAUCAUGGAAAUGUCUAACUGGGGAGUGCCAAACGCAAAUUAUAAAACCAUCCAAUACUGCUUUAUGAACAACAAUUUGUCUUGUAUCAGAAGUAUCCGACCUGAAGCGGAGAACAUUAUUGUCUACAUUUUCGUGGCUGUAACAUCAGUGUUCACCGUAUUUCUGAACCUGUUGGUGAUCAUCUCCAUCUCGCACUUCAAGCAGCUCCACACUCCCACAAAUGUGCUGAUCCUCUCUCUGGCAGUGGCUGAUCUGAUUGUAGGACUGAUUCUCAUGCCAGUGCAGGGAAUGAAACUGAUUGAGUCAUGCUGGUACUUUGGAGAAAUAUUUUGCUCUAUAUUUCUUCUUAUUUUUUAUGUGGUUGUCACAGCAUCUCUUGGUAAUUUGAUUAUUAUAUCUGUGGAUCGAUACAUUGCUGUGAAUGAUCCUUUGCGAUAUCCAAUGAAGGUCAAUAAUAUCAGAGCUGUUUUUACCAUUGUGGUAAACUGGUUAUUCUCCUUCUUAUAUUCAUUGUAUUUUUUGUAUGAUGUUUUACUGUAUCCUGAGAGGAACCACACAUGUACUGGAGAAUGCAUACUUGUUAUUACACUGGAAAAUUUACUAAUAGAUGUUUUUCUUUGUUUAGUGGCACCUUGUUGUGUAAUUAUUCCUUUAUAUGUGAAAAUCUGCUUUGUAGCAAAACGGCAUUUAAAUUCAGUCAUGGAAAAAAAGGCCAGAUCAGAAAAAAAGGCUGCAAGAACCUUGGGGAUUGUAGUACUGGUUUAUCUUCUUUUUUGGAUGCCAUACUAUUUAUAUUCUCUUUCUGGUGGGCAUGAUGAAAAUGACACUCUUAUAAUUAAAGUAAUGGAUUGGAUUGUGUGCAUGAAUUCCUGUAUGAACCCACUUAUAUAUGCAAUGUUUUAUCGAUGGUUCAGACUGUCAGCAAAAUACAUUUUGACACAGAAAAUAUUUGAACCUUCAUCGGCAUACUUAAAUCUGUUCCCAGAAGAGACAUGAUCACUUACACUCACAUGCAAAUGUAAAUGAAAUAAUGUGUCUCCAAAUGAAAUAGAGUUCUGGUUUUAAGCACCUCCUUAUAGAACAUUAGAUGGCAUGUAACAGCUUGUGCACUUUAUUGAUGCAUGGCCAUGGUAACUGUACACUUACAGUAAAACAAUUGAGGCAAAUUUCCCAACAUGAGCUUAAAUGAUUGAUGAAGGACAAGAGUGAUGUUUAAUCAUUAUAAUGACAAUUAUUAUUAAGCUCUUCAGAUCUCCUGUUUUCUUCCUGUUUUUUGCCUUAUAAAAUGAACCAAUUAACCAGUAUGCCAUUCAAUUAGUAAUACACUCAUUUUGUAUUUCUACAUGUACAUUUUUAAAAUGCAUUUACUUAAGUUUAAAAAAUGCAAGGCACUAAUUUAUAAUAUUUAAUUUCAAACGUGCAGAAUUUUUGAUUAUGACCUUUGAUAUG